CUUAUCACAGCUUCAUUACUAUAUAAUGGUCCUUUUCUUCGUCAGCCUUAGUUCAUUACCCCUUAAGUUCUUCUUUAGUUAUGUGUCUUAUUUCUCUCAUCUAAAUCCACUAUCAGCCCCAAAUAUGGGAAUUGAAACCUUGAACGGUGCGAAUUUCUCUUCAUGGAAAGAUUCACUGAUGCUAACUCUUGGCAUGUUGGAUUUUGAUUAUGCACUGAGAGAGCCUGCCCCUCCUUCCCUCACUGAUAAAAGUACUGCUGAAGAUAAAAUAGUACAUGAGAGAUGGGAGAGGUGCAACAGAAUGGCUCUUAUGCUCAUUAAAAAUUCCAUCAGCAUAAUCAUCAGGGGAGCUAUUCCAGAUUCAUCUAAUGCUAAAAUAUAUCUGGCUUCCGUGGAGGAACAAUUCAAAGCAACUUCUAAGGCACAUGCUAGUACUCUUAUUUUGAAGAUGGUGACUACAAAAUAUGACGGGAAUAGCGGCAUUCGUGAGCACAUCAUGAUGAUGAACGACAUGGCCCCUUUCAAGGUCAACUACAACACCCAGAAGGUCAAGUGGUCGAUGAAUGAGUUGAUUGCUAUGUGCGUACAAGAAGAAGAGCGUCUGAAGCUGGACAAACCUGAUGUGGCUUACCUCAUGACCGCUAAUCCAAAGAAGAGGAAGGGCAAUGUUGAUAAGAAGGAUGUUUCUAAACUUUAUUGUGAUAACUCAGCCGCCGUUAGUUUCUCGAACAGUAACAGUUCGACUGGCGCUGCUUUAUAUCUUGAUACAAAGUACUUGUUCGUACGUGAGCGAGUUGAGGAAAAUAAACUUUGUAUUGAGCAUAUAAGUACUAAGAAUAUGCUUGCGGAUCCGAUGACUAAAGGUCUCCCUCCUAAGAUUUUCGAAGAACAUGUUUCGAAGAUGGGGUUAUCUAAAGACCUUAUUUAGUUGCAUAUUGUACUUGCUUACAUUUAAUAAUAAAAUUUCCUCAUUGUUUUGUUUGUUUUGUCUCUGAAUGUGUCUACGCAUGCCUAAAGACAUAUAGACAACAUUUAUGUACAAAAUAAUCUUAUGGGCUUAAU